AUGAGGUAUCUUCAAGCCCUGCAGCUGCUUGGUGCAUUGGCGGCGCCUGUCCAAGCAGCCUUCUCCUGGAGCUCUGUUAAACUUGGAGGCGGAGGAGGUUUCGUGCCCGGAAUCUCUUUCCACCCCAAGACGAAAGGCCUGGCAUAUGCGAGAACAGACAUCGGCGGCCUUUACAGGCUCAAUGCUGAUGAUUCAUGGACAGCCCUUACAGACAGCAUAACCACAGACUCAACUUGGAACCGAUGGGGUGUUGAUGCACUGGCCCUGGAUCCUCAGGAUGACACCAAAGUCUAUCUUGCAUUGGGAAUGUACACCAACAGCUGGGACCCGAACAAUGGUGUCAUCGCGCGCAGCUCGGACAAGGGGGCCACAUGGAGCCAGACGACCUUACCAUUCAAAGUCGGUGGAAACAUGGCCGGAAGAGGCAUGGGUGAACGCCUUGCAGUUGACCCGGCCAACUCCAAGAUCAUCUACUUCGGCGCGCGCAGCGGUAACGGCCUCUGGAAGUCCACUGACGGAGGUGUUACCUUCGCCAAGGUCUCAUCAUUCACAGCCACAGGCACUUACCGUGCUGACCCCAGUGAUUCCACCGGAUACAACAGCGACAUCCAAGGUCUUGCCUUUGUCACGUUCGACACUACAUCUGCAGUUACUAAUGGCGCAACAUCGAGGAUCUUCGUCGGCACCGCAAGCAAUGGCACUCAGCAAGCCGUGUGGCAGUCUACUGAUGCUGGCGCAACGUGGAGCGCAGUCGCUGGCCAGCCCGCAGCCUUCUUCCCUCACAAGGCUAGAAUUUCGCCGUCAGAAAAGGUGCUCUACCUUACCUAUUCCGAUGGAACGGGCCCCUACGAUGGAACCAACGGUGGCGUAUAUCGCUACAGCUUGACUAGCAACACAUGGACAAACAUCACCCCUGUAUCUGGGUCGGAUUUGUAUUUCGGGUUCGGUGGCCUAGGAUUGGACGUGCUUAAGCCGGGAACUCUGGUCGUCGCGGCCUUGAACUCGUGGUGGCCCGAGGCCCAGAUAUUCCGCUCCACUGACUCUGGUGCGACCUGGUCACGUCUGUGGGAGUGGACAAACUACCCGGCCAUGAACCGCUACUACAGCAUUUCCGCGCCACUGGCACCAUGGAUCUAUAAGAGCUUCAUUUCCAAGCCCGAUGCUGAGCAGCUCGGGUGGAUGAUCGAGGCACUGGAGAUCGAUCCUUUUGACAGCAACCACUGGCUGUAUGGAACUGGCCUGACCAUUUAUGGUGGCCAUGAUUUGACGAAGUGGGACACAACACACAACAUCACCAUCCAGUCUCUGGCGGACGGGAUUGAACAAACUUCCGUGCAGAAUGUCGUGUCUGCUCCCGGCGGAAGUGAACUGCUUGUGGCUGUGGGCGACGUCAAUGGGUUUACUUUCAAGAGUGCUUCGGACCUGAAGACAAGCCCCGCGACCGCCUGGGAUCCUUUUUGGCCGACCUCGCCUGACGUUGACUAUGCUGGUAACAAAGUCGCUAACGUGGUCCGCAUCGGAAACACGGGGGGGUCACAGCAGGUUGCUAUCAGCAGCGACGGCGGUGCAACUUGGAAUCUCAACUACGGUAGCAGCACAACAGAUUACGGCGGGCUUGUGGCGUACAGCGCCGAUGCUGAUACUAUUGUCUGGUCGACCGCGACCUCGGGUGUGCUGCGGUCCCUGAAUCAGGCCUCUUUCUCAGCCGUGACAGGCCUUGCGUCAGGAGCAGUCAUUGCGAGCGACAAGCGCAACAACACCGUCUUUUACGGCGGUGCAUCGGGUGCAUUCUACGUGUCUACCAACACCGGGGCAGCAUUCAGCAAGGCUGGAGCUUUGGGAAGCGCGACCUCGGUUGCGGACAUCGCCGCUCAUCCGACCGUCGCAGGAACGGUGUACGUCUCUACUGACGUUGGCAUCUUUAAGUCCACCAACUACGGUGCUACCUUUACUCAGAUAUCGACUGCUCUCACUGCAACUCAACAGAUCGCCCUCGGCCUUGGCUCAGGGACGACCUGGAACCUCUACGCCUUCGGUAACGGCCCGGCAGGGAACAAGUUGUACGCAUCGGCCGACGACGGCAAGACGUGGGUCGACAUCCAGGGGUCCCAGGGUUUCGGAAACAUCAUCAGCUGCAAGGUCGCAGGCAGCGCAAACAAGGCCGGGCAGGUCUACGUGGGCACCAACGGACGCGGUGCGUUCUUCGCCUCAGGGACGCACUGCGACAUCCAGGUCCUCAACGGUCUCCUCUACCACCAGUGUCGGGCCAACAACAUCCUCAACAAGUACCACUAG